AUGCAAGAAUCUACUCUUGGUAAUUAUGCUAUAGGAAAUACAUUAGGUGAAGGUACUUUUGGAAAGGUUAAAAUGGGAACCCAUUUAUAAACUGGAGAAAAGGUACUUUAAUUUUAAUUACUAUUAGGUAGCUAUUAAAAUUUUAGAAAAAGCAAAGUUUGAAGAUGAAAGUGAUGUAUAUAGAAUAGCAAAAGAAAUAGAAAUCUUAAAGAAAUUGAGACAUCCUCAUAUUAUUCAAAUUUAUGAAAUAAUUGAUACAGAUAAGGAAAUUUAUUUAAUAAUGGAAUAUGCGAGUGGAGGAGAAUUAUUUGAAUAUAUUGUAAAAAAUCAUAGAGUUUCAGAAAAGAUAGCAUGCAGAUUCUUGCUUUAAAUUUUAUCUGGAGUUGAAUAUAUGCAUAAAAUUGGAAUUGUUCAUAGAGAUUUAAAACCAGAGAAUUUGCUUUUUGAUAAUAAUCAAAAUAUUAAAAUAGUUGAUUUUGGUUUAUCUAAUACUUAUAAACCAAAUGAAUUAUUAAAAACUGCAUGUGGAAGUCCAUGUUAUGCUGCACCUGAAAUGAUUUAAGGUAUGAAAUAUUCUGGAUAUUUAAUUGAUAUAUGGAGUUGUGGUAUAGUUUUAUAUGCUAUGCUUUGUGGAUAUUUGCCAUUUGAAGAUUAGAAUACUAAUUAAUUAUAUAAAAAGAUAGUUGCUGGAGAUCUUGUAUUUCCUAAAUGGUUAUCAAUAGAAGCUAAAGAUCUAUUAAAAAAUAUAUUAAAUACAGAUCCAAAAAAGAGAUUUACAAUACCAUAAAUAAAAGGACAUAAAUGGGCUAAAAUAAUUAAAAUAGAAGAACAUUUUGGAAAUAUAGGCAGUGAUAAUAUUUAAGUUGAUGAAAUCAUAGUUGAAUAAUUAAAAAAUCUGUAUUCUAUUGAUCCCUAACUUUGUCGAAAACUUGUUAAAAAAAAUAGACACAAUAAUAUUACAACACUUUAUUAUCUUUAAAUACAAAAAAAUAAGAAGAAUAGAACUUAUAAUUAUUUUAAAAAAGAUUUUGAAGAUUCAAUCACUUCAUCAUAUAUUCUUAAUUCAUCAAAUCUAGAUUCUUUAAAUACAAGCAACAACAACACUUCUAGAUAAAAGUAAAAUACAAGUAAUGGUCACUCUCCAUAACAUAGAAUUAUGACUUAAAUCAAUAAUAGAUAAUAAUAAUCACCUUCACCUUAACCAAUGAAAUAAAUAACCAAACCAGAUUCACCAAAAUAAUUUAACAUUCUAUUAAAAAGAGAUAUAAUAAAACGACCACAAAUUAGACCCAUCAUUCCUCCUAUGCUAAAACCUAUAUAUUAGGCUGUUAACAAUUCUAUAUCUAGUGUUGGCACCAAUGGAAAUACACCUAUAUAAACAAAUAGAAAAACUGAAGAUUCUUUUUCAUUAGAUAAAGCUAAACCAAAAGUUCUAAUUAAAUAAUUAAAUGUUAGGUUAUUAAUAGAGAACGUGCAAUUAGUGCCAUAUCUGAAUAUACUCAACCAAGUCCAGUUAAAAUUCCAUAACCAAAAAUUCAUAAAGGAGCCUUCAAUUUUCAAUGUACAACUCAUAGAGAACCUUCAAUCUUUGCUGCUGAGUUAUUAAAGAUGAUAACUUAAAUGUAAAUAAGAAUACUCUAGGUACAUUUAUCAUUUAUUUGCUCAACAGUAAAAUGAUCCAUAUGAGAUGUUAUGUUCAGCCAACUUAUCUCUUAAAUUUGAAAUUUAAAUUAGACAGAUUCAAAAUUGUGAUGGUCUUUAUUUAUUAAAGGCUCACUAUAUUAGUGGAGAAUGGGAAGAAUAUUAGAAAACUUUAAAUAAACUUAUUUAAUUGUUAAAUUUUUGA